AUGAGUGAUGACGAAGUCGAAGUUCAAGUUAGUGUUAUUUCUUCAUUAUCAGAUUACGAAGAAUCUGAAAAUUCUGAAUCAGAAUCACCCCCAACUGAAGUCAGAGAAAGUUCUGAAUCCAGCUCUAAGCCAGAGAAUAAGAUGCCGAGUUGGUUCGACAAAUUAAAAGCUCCAAGGCCUUCGGAUUUGGCCAGAAAACGUAAGAUCCAUGCUAACCCUCCACCGGUAGGAAAGAAGCGAUCACAAACUACCAGUACCGGCAAACGCAACUAUGAUCCGAAAAAAGUGUCACCAUCUGAAAGUCCGCGAAUCCGCGAAUUUCCCAGGGAACAUUUGACUGUUUCUAGUGGCAAACUUUGCAAAGCUUGCCGAGAGUCGCUUGUUUUAAAAAAGAGCGUACUAGUAAGUCAUGUGAAGAGUACAAAGCACAAAUGUAGCAAACAAAAGCUUCUACAAAACCAAUCAAGCGAACGGGAUAUAAGCUGAUGCCCUUGCGAAAAACGAUGGACAAACUCAUCGUAAGGGUGAAACUUUGGACGAAGAAAGCAAGGUAUAUAGAGUUAAAGUGUUGAUGGCUUUUAUGAAAGCUGGAAUUCCGUUGGAAAAGUUGGAGUGUCAAGAACUGAGAGAUCUUUUGCAAGAGAAUGGUUACCGACUAACAGACGCCAGGCACAUGAGAGACUUAGACUUAGUUCCUUUUAUUCACCAACAAGAACAGCACAAUUUGAAAACAGAGUUGAAAGGGAGAGAAUUGUCAAUUACAUUUGAUGGUACUUCACAACUUGGUGAAGUUCUUGCAGUAGUUGUACGGUUUGUUUAUAACUGA